UAGUAAAAGAAGUGAGAUGGAGAUGGGUUAAAUGUUUUAAACUGUUUCUUACGUUUCAGCGUGUUUAAAUUCAGCUUCUCAGGUUCUUACAGAAUUCUCUAUUAUGCUAUCUCUAAAGGUGGUUUGCCCAGCGGCCCGUGAUGAGUGGGCGUGUAGCUGGUGAUGAACCCCUUUAGUGGUUAAAGAAAAGUGCCUGGCUUUAUACUUUCCAUUUUUCUCUGUGGAUCUGGGAUCUGGGAUCCCUGGCACGCUCGUUCUGAGACGUCAGCUGUUUUAUCACACGAGGGUUUCAGGUCAAGGACGGUUGGAGAAAGGCAGCCCCCGUUCCCCUUUUGCUGAGUCAUGGGCCAGACUCUGAGCCGUGAUGACUGACACCUGCCUGGCUCAGCAUUUUCCAGACUGACGUAACCACAGGGCACCUCUUGUUUUCAAACAGGCCCCUGCCAGGUUAGCAUCUCGAAGCAGGUCAUAAAUGUUGACUCCGUUUCACUCAGUCCCUUCUGGAAGAUUAUGCAGCCAAAUCUUGGUUCUCUGCAUUUUGAUGAUGAUUCACAGUGGAGAAAUCAGUUUUACUUAGGGAAAUGUGGUUAUGAACUCAGAAUGUGCAUUUUUAAUAUCGACCUAAGCCCGGUAGUCGGCAGCAGAGGGUGGGGGUGGCGGGGAACCCCGCCAGAUGCGUUCCAGGCCUGGAGACCAAGCCGGUCGCCCGAAUGCCUUGGUUCCACUCCCAGAAACCUUUGCAGGGAACAUUUAUUGGGUUGUGUUUUGCGAGGAACUCAUCUUUAUUAUGUGGAUAAUUGGUAUUUUUUAUUGGACAGUGAAAUCAUCAAAGUUUACGUUUUUGCUCUAUAAACUCAACAGGUAUUCGCUGGGGGCCUGCUAAGUAGCGAACAGAACCGGGUUCAGAACCGUUUGCGGGUCGUAUGGAAACCAAUUUGUCAAUAAAUUUCAGAAAAAAAAAUAUAUAUAUAUAUAAAACCAAAAAAAAAAAAAAAAAGAACCGUUUGCGGGUUAACUGCUUACUGUAGUCUGCCUUUGAGCACGAGUAGCAUACAGACAGUACCUGUACCAAUUUCUGUGCCUCAGAAUCUUGGGCUGUUUCGUAUUUGGUUUUUCCACUUUCACCGCCCCGGUGAGAACGUUUACGGUGGGUCGUUCUUCACGUCUCUUCUCUUCACCCCUGCGUGCCCUCCAUCGUCCACCCCUGAGCAGCCUGCACCCGGCAUUUGCUCCCAGGCACCCACGCCCGCUGCCACCACCCCACUCUGGUGCACCAGCUUCUCCCACCCGCGUGACUUGAGGAACCACCGGUCUGGCCACGUCCCUUCCUGACCCUUCGUUAAGUUCAUCCUCUGCAUAGCGGCUGCAAAGAUUGUUAAAAUCUGUAAACUGGACUCUCCUUUUGUGCUGAAAACCCAACGAUGAUUUCUUGCUAUAUGCCUUCAGCCAGCCUUCCAUCUCGGCCCCUGUGUCCCUGUCCAGCUCUGUCAUGUGUCCUCACCCCCUUGCUCACUGCUCUCCAGCCACACUGGGGUUCCCUCCGUCCCUCGCGGGUGCUGCCCCAGGACUCUUGCACGUGCUAUUUCUGGAAGUGCAGCUGUCCGUUUUCCAGCUCCUGCUCAGCCCUCAGUUUCUUCGGAACAGCCCCUCAGUGACCUCCCACCCCUGUCUCGCUCUCAGCACCCGGCCCCCUUCCUGCAGAGCUCAGCACAGGCUGCGGUUAGGGCUGGUGCACGUGUGUGUUUUGUCCACUGUCCAUCUCCGCCAUUGGACUCCAAGCUGCACGAGGACGGAGGCCCUGCCGAGGGCUGCGUGUGCGCAGGGCUGACACCACGCCCAGCAUCUGCCUCUCCCACAGCUGUUGAGCGAAGCAUCAGGGGUUCAGGGGUUCGGAUCUGGUCUUGAUUUUCACGAACUCGUCGGGACGAGCCGACUUUGGGGCGGGCUUGCUGCCGUGACCCUCCCCUAAGAGUCCUACUAGCUCUGGGGCUCCCAUGGACCCAGUGGCCCUGAUCCGUCUUAGGGAAUGUUGAGGCACCGUGACUGUUCCUAGUUCUGGGGAAAUGCGAGCAGUCCAUGGAGGCCAGGAGCCGAUUCGGCAGUAUUUUCCAGAACCCACUGCGAGCGGAGCUCCAUUUAGAGGCUCUGCAGCUCGUGCUCAGCUGUAGAUCUUGUGUUUUGAGCCGAGUGUGUGGGCGCCCGGUGCAGUUUCCCGUUACUCUGGGGCUGGGGCACGUCUGGUCUGUGCCCCCCUCGGACGGCGCCUGGACCACCGGCCCGAGCGCAGCCCGGCCCCCGGGAGCCCCGCGUCCCUGGGCCCCCCGCCGCUUCUGCGCCCACCAGCGGGUCUGAUUUUACGGGCUCGCGGGUCACGGCUGUUACCGGACGUGCAGUGAGAUGUGGCUUUUCCUCCCACUGAACUUAACAGACUCACUCCCUGUGUCGCUUGGUGUGUGGAACCUGGUGUUUCUCCGGGGCUCCAGUCACGCUGAAAUUUGGCAAGCCUUUUCCUGAGGUGUCUCUCCUUCCUCUGUUCCUUCACCUGCGAGGUGGGUGGGGUGACAGCACCCAGCUGCCCGGGUGCGGGCCUUACGUGCCGUGAGGUCACUGGCACGGCAGCGGCCACGUCCCGGGGGCUGAGCGACGUCUCUGGUAGAAUCCCCAGCGUUCGCGUCUAGUUGUUCUCUGUCGCUGGGAAGCUGGCUGACACAAUUAUUGUUUGAAAUACUUGAGGGGGUUUUUCCCAUACACUUUACAAUUAUUAAUAGUUCAUUGUGACUUAGAGCAUUUUUAAAAAUAAGUUUAUUUAUUUAUUUUGAGAGAGAGAGAGAGCAAGGCGGGAGGUACAGAGAGAGAGAGAGAGAGAGGGAGUCCCAAGCAGGCUCUGCACUGUCCGCGUGGGGCCUGAUGUGGGGCUCGAACCCACAAACCAUGAGGUCAGGAGCUCAGCUGAAACCCAAGGGUCGGAUGCUCAACCAGCUGAGCCACCCAGGUGCCCCCACGACUUGGAGCACUUAACUCUGCUUUCACUUGUUCCAAAUAAAGAGGGUGUUCCUGUCCACACAAGUCACGCAUUUUGCUUCCAUGGACCAGUCGGUGACAGGAAGGCAGGCAGCGUGACAAGACGGCGUUGUCAGGAGGCCCUCGCAGACGCGCCACCUGCGGGUUUCUCACACGAGUGUUCACUUGGUGUGGAUUGUGGACAUUUGUUCUGGAACCUUCUCUGCACCUGGUCUUCCGUGUUGCUCCGUUUCUCAUCCUUCCACGCUUUGCCUGGUCGGAGCUUCUCUUUCCUCAGAUUCCAUGCUGCUUCUCUCCGUGUUCUCUCCCACCACUGCUUGCACUCUGGCCUCUCUGUUCUGUGCGUUUGGGGGGCUGCGGGGGCACGGGUGGCCCCAGCGUCUCCCAGACACCCCCCCUCGAGGCUGACACCCACAGUCAGGAACGAACUUGUCAUCGGGCAGGAAGGCCCCUUGGCGGAGGGGCCCCUACGGUGCCCCCACUUUCCCCUUCCGUCUACCACGCCUGUUAACAUAGAAGGGGCGUCUGCGUGUAGGGAAUUUGAACUAAGGUGUUAUUUUAAGAUAAUAUCAUUUGGAAAAAUAGAGUCUUUCUCAACAGUUUCUUGAAUUACAGGUCUUCAAGGAGCUUUGACAACUAAAUAGAAGAUCCUGGGAGAAUUUGUAACCUGCAGUGACCCGAAUGAUAAGAAAAACGUGUACUAGCUAAGAUUAACCCGGACAUGCUUGACUUAGAACUUGUGUGGGGGGCCAUCAUUGGGGGGCCAUCUGGGUGUCGGCCCGUCGCUGCCAACGGGCGGGUUGCUCGUUAACGGGAGCGGUUCUGUGUCUCUGGACGGCUCUGGCGUUCUGCGACACGUGAGGUGUUCAACAUGAAGCCGCUGCAGAUCGUGUUUCCCUCCCGGGCGGACCCCGAGAGCCCGGUCGUCGACCUGGACCUUCACCUGCCCUUACUGUGCUUCAGGCCCGAGCAGGUGCUGCAGAUCCUGACGUGCCUGCUGACGGAGCAGCGCAUCGUGUUCUUCUCGUCCAGCUGGGCUCUGCUGGCCCUGGUGGCCGAGUGCUUCCUCGCCUACCUGCACCCCCUGCAGUGGCAGCACACCUUCGUGCCCAUCCUGUCGGGCCAGAUGCUGGACUUCGUCAUGGCGCCCACGUCCUUCCUCAUGGGCUGCCACCUGGACCACUUCCAAGAAGUCAGCAAGGAAGCUGAUGGUUUAAUUCUGAUAAAUAUCGACAACGGGAGCGUCACCUACUCUAAUGACGAGGACAUCGAUGUUCCUGACAUCCCUCUCCUGGCGGCACAGACGUUUAUUCAGAGGGUCCAGAGCCUUCAGCUGCACCACGACCUGGACCUCGCCCACCUGGGCGCCAGCACGGACCUGAACGAGGGGCGCGCCCGCAGGCGGGCCUGGCAGCAGGGACUCAACUACCAGCUGCAGCAGGUGGCCCUGCAGCUGCUCGUCAGCAUCUUCAGGGAGGUGAAGAAUCACUUAAAUUACGAGCACAGGGUGUUCAACAGCGAGGAGUUUCUCAAAACCAGAGCUCCGGGGGACCAGCAGUUCUACAAGCAGGUUCUGGAUACCUACAUGUUUCACUCUUUCCUUAAAGCCCGGCUCAGCAGAAGGAUGGACGCCUUCGCCCAGAUGGACCUCGACACGCAGUCGGACGAGGACAGGUUAAGCGGGAUGCUGCCGAGUCCACGAAGACCGACCAUCGAGAAGAUGGCCUCCCGAAACUCGCCGUCCCUGCACGUCACUCACCGGCGCAUGGUGGUCAGCAUGCCCAACCUGCGGGACAUCGCGGUGCCCGAGCUGCCCGCCCGGAACUCGUCGCUCCGGAAGAUGGACUCCGAGGGCUCCAGGAGCAGCAGCACAGUUCCGAGCGUGACCCCCAAGGCGACGUGUUCCUUCAAGGUCCCGGAGAUCCACUUCCCGCUGGUGAGCCAGUGCGUUCAGGCCUACUACUCCGACUGCGUGGGCCUGCUGAGCAAGGCCAUGAGCCUGCUGGCCCCCGACAACUCCGUGCUGCUGGCCAGGUACUUCUAUCUCCGGGGGGCCGUCCACCUGAUGCAGGGGCAGCUGCUGGACGCCCUCUUGGAUUUCCAGAGUCUGUACAAGACAGACAUAAGGAUCUUCCCGGCCGAUCUCGUCCGGAGGACGGUGGAGUCCAUGUCGGGCCCCGAGCGCGCCCAGGCCGAGCGGGUGCCCGAGCUGCGACGCCUCAUCAGCGAGGUCGUGGACAAGCCCGGGGAGGCCCCCAAGCCGGACGACCGCGUGAAAAACUUCGAGCUGCCGAAGAAGCACAUGCAGCUGGACGACUUCGUGAAGAGGGUCCAGGAGUCGGGCAUCGUGAAGGACACCAACAUCAUAAACCGACUGUUCGAGGCGUUGACUGUAGGACACCAGAAACAGAUUGACCCGGAAACAUUCAAAGAUUUCUACAACUGCUGGAAGGAGGCCGAGGCGGAGGCCCAGGAGGUCAGUCUGCCUUCGUCGGUGAUGGAACACCUGGAUAAGAACGAGUGUGUCUACAAGCUGUCGAGCUCAGUCAAGACAAAUCGCGGCGUGGGCAAGAUCGCCAUGACCCAGAAGCGCCUGUUCCUCCUAACCGAAGGAAGGCCGGGCUACGUGGAGAUCUCCACCUUCAGGGACAUAGAGGAAGUCAGAAGUACCACAGUAGCCUUUCUGCUUCUGCGAAUACCCACUUUGAAGAUUAAGACGGCAUCCAAGAAAGAAGUCUUUGAAGCUAAUCUUAAGACGGAGUGUGACGUGUGGCACUUGAUGGUGAAGGAGAUGUGGGCCGGGAAAAAGCUGGCCGAUGACCACAAGGACCCUCAGUACAUCCAGCAGGCGCUGACCCACGUCUUGCUGAUGGACGCCGUUGUUGGCACGCUGCAGUCGCCUGGUGCCAUUUACGCUGCCUCCAAGUUAUCUUACUUCGAUAAGAUGAGGAACGAAAUGCCCGCGGCGGUCCCCAAGACGACCUCGGAGACCCUCAAGCACAAGAUAAACCCUUCGGCAGGAGAGACCCUGCCGCACGCCGUGGACGUCUUGCUCUACACGCCCGGGCAUCUAGACCCGGCAGAAAAAGUUGAAGACGCUCACCCCAAAUUAUGGUGUGCUCUAAGUGAGGGCAAAGUGAUCGUGUUUGACGCCUCCUCCUGGACGAUUCACCAGCACUGCUUCCGAGUGGGCACUUCUAAGCUGAACUGCAUGGCGAUGGCGGAGCAGAGCCAGGUGUGGGUCGGCUCCGAGGACUCCAUCAUCUACAUCAUCAACGUCCACAGCAUGUCCUGCAACAAGCAGCUCACGGACCACCGCUCCGGGGUCACGGGCUUCGCUGUCCAGAGCGGGCCGCCCAGCAAGGUGUAUUCGUGCAGCGCGGACGGGACGGUCCUGGCCUGGAACGUGAGCUCCCUGCGCGUGACCAGCAGGCUCCAGCUGCCCGGUGGCGGGCUUUCGUCCAUCCGCCUGCACGACGGCUGUCUGUGGUGCUGCACAGGUAGCGGCAUCGUGGUCGUGACGACAGGUGGAUCUCUUCGUCAGGAACUGAAGGUGGAGGAGAACCCUAAGGACGCGAGCACCUCCUUCCUGGGUUUCCAGCUCCUCCCCGAGCAGGAGCAGCUGUGGGCGGCGUGUGCCGGGCUGGACGGCGUCUACAUCUGGAGCCUCAGGGACCUGGCCCGGCCCCCUCAGCGGGUCCACCUGCAGGACUGCGCCGAGGUCAGCUGCAUGAUCAGGGUGAAGAAGCAGAUCUGGGUAGGCGGCACGGGCCGGUCACAGGGGAAGUACAAAGGGAAAAUCUAUGUGAUCGACGCCCAGAGGAAGACGGUGGAAAAGGAGCUGGUGGCCCACACGGACGCGGUAAAGACCCUGUGCUCGGCAGAGGACAGAUACGUGCUGAGCGGGUCGGGCAGCGGGGAGGGGAAGAUCGCCAUCUGGAAAGUCGAGUGAACGGGGGUGAACGUGCCGAGCCGGGCUGUGCUCUGAGGGCCGCGUGCCUUCCGCCCCUCGCCGGUGCUCCCCGGAGAGGGUGGCCGGGGGUGGGGGCCGGUCUGGGCCCCGCUGGGGGCGGGGGCACCGCCGUGUCCCCUGCACGUGCCCGUUUGGCUCCUCGGCCUCCUGACGCAUAACGCACUUUCUCUCUCGCACUUUCCUGAUGAAACUGUGCCAACGGUGUUUCGGGUUGGGGUGCUUCUCAGGCAGGCGGAUGCAUCAACUUGCUAAUAACCUCUGUGAAGUUACCCAGUGUUGUCUAGAAGGUUCCAGAACCCAUGACCAAGAGCGAGCGCCGGAGCCGGUUGGAAGGGAUUUAGCCAGAUCACAUACGACCUGCAGACCUCAUUUCUCUGGUUCUGCCUUCUCUACUUCAUUCAAUGAAUACAUUUUAAGCAUCAGGCUUACAGGAGACCUACGGCCUUCGGUUGGCUUCUUGUUGCCAGAAAAGUUCACGAGAGGAGGUGUUUUUUAAAUGACCGUUUUGUGGUUGAACGGAUUUGUGCCUGCCGUUGCUUUCCCCAUCAGAGCAGGUGACCCAAGAGGGGACAGGGAGGGGACAGAAUGCGAUAAAGGUGUGUGCACAGGGGUUGGGCUCACUGAGGCAGGCUCUGGAUUUAACUAAGGCGAAAUUCUUAUAAUGAAGAAACCUAGAGAAACUUUUCUACCAAAGAUCACAGACGAAAACUUCCGUCUAAAAUAGCACACUCAACCUCGUCUUCCGGUGAAGUUGCUGUCAUUUACCUUAACGUACGUUUCACCUGUCUGCAUGUGGAGUGCACGCCAGACAUGUCUGUAGGAGGUGCUUUAUUAUUUAACCGAAGAUGAUCUCAUUAGCUCUAAAUAACUACACAUUUGCAGAAAAAGACCUUUUAUACGUUUGCACUAUAACAUUGAGAUUUCAUUCCCUCAGGGUCCAGCAGGGAGGGUUCUGGUAUGGUUAUGGGGUGUGGAGGGGGCACCCGCCUGACGCACCGUGUGAGGGCCCGUGGCCUGUCCCCCGUGGACCCGCCACGAGCUCAGCCGCGGAGGGGCCCGCUGGACUCUGCCCUGGGUUUUUGGAAUCAGACACUGUGCUGGACCUCACUCACCCUGGGAGGUCUCAAGAGGGUCUCUGGCCAAGUUCCGGUAGCAGCUACAGGAUCUCCAGACAAAAGCUUUGACCAGGCCCCGGGCUGGGUCCACAGGACCUAAGCGUUUUGCAAGGUCCAGACCACUGACCCAGAUUUUGGGGUGCUCUGGGAAUGUGGUACAGAGAACAGCCAGGUGGCCUCAUGCCCCCAUGACUAUGCUUACGAAGGGGGUGUGGGCUCCCGACUUCCAGAAGGAAGACUCGGCCAUGAACAAAGCGCGGGAGGUUGAAUUCUGCUUUUGCAAACACAUGAAAGAUUGCGGUCAAAUCCUGUCAGAAACACACAUGAAUUAUUUAACGUCCGUCCACACGUGACCAGGCGUUUUCACCUUGUCAACAGUAAAUUCCUUUAUUAAAGAC